AUGACUAGGGUAACCCGUGAUUUUGGAGAUACUAUGCAGAAAGAUGCUGUCCCAGCUGUAUCAGCCGAUGUUGCAUUUGCUUCUAGUCGGUUUCCUAAUUACAAAAUUGGAGCUAACAAUCAGAUUGUGGAUGCAAAAGAUGACCCAAAAGUAUUGUCCAUGAAGGAGGUUGUGGCACGCGAGACUGCUUUACUUUUGGAACAGCAGAAACGCCUCUCUGUCCGUGACCUUGCCAGUAAAUUUGAGAAGGGAUUGGCUGCUGCUGCUAAGUUGUCAGAAGAGGCUAGGCUCAGAGAGGCAGCUUCAUUAGAGAAACAUGUUCUGUUGAAGAAGCUUAGGGAUGCACUAGAAUCAUUAAAAGGACGUGUGGCAGGUACAAACAAGGAUGAUGUGGAGGAAGCUAUUGCCAUGGUGGAAGCUUUGGCAAUUCAGCUGACUCAGAGGGAAGGAGAGUUGAUUCAAGAAAAAUCAGAAGUCAAGAAGCUAGCAAAUUUUCUUAAGCAGGCUUCAGAAGAUGCCAAGAAACUUGUCGAUGAGGAAAGAGCUUAUGCUCGUGCUGAAAUUGAGAGUGCCAGAGCAGCAGUUCAGAGGGUGGAAGAGGCUAUUCAGGAACAUGAACGAAUGUCUCGAGCUUCGGGGAAGCAGGACUUGGAAGAAUUGAUGAAGGAGGUUCAAGAGGCUAGAAGGAUCAAAAUGCUGCAUCAGCCAAGCAAGGUUAUGGACAUGGAACAUGAGCUACGAGCAUUGAGGAUUCAACUUGCUGAGAAGUCUAAACGUUCUCUGCAGCUUCAAAAGGAGCUGGCAAGGAGCAGGCGAGGCGAGCAGAGCAUAUUUCAAUUAUUUGAAUUGGAUGGAACCGAAGCUUUAGGUUUAUGUUUGCGAAUCAAUCCUUGCUAUGAUAAUGCACCAGAACUUUCAAAAUGUUCCAUUCAGUGGUAUCGUCUAACAUCUGAUGGUGGCAAAAAGGAGCUUAUAUCAGGAGCUACCAAACCAGUUUAUGCUCCUGAGCCUUUUGAUGUUGGGCGAGUCCUGCAAGCUGAAAUAAUUUCUGAUGGCCAACAAUUCUCUUUGACCACUAGUUGUCCCAUUGAUCCUGCUGCUGGUCUGGGAAGCUAUGUGGAGGCACUUGUGCGAAAACAUGAUGUUGAAUUCAAUGUCGUUGUUACCCAGAUGAAUGGGGUAGAUCAUCCAUCAGAAUCUAUUCAUGUGCUUCAUGUUGGGAAGAUGAGGGUUAAGCUUCAGAAAGGGAAGUCAACAAAUGCUAAAGAGUACUACUCUACUUCAAUGCAGCUGUGUGGAGUUAGAGGAGGUGGGAAUGCUGCAGCCCAAGCAUUGUUUUGGCAAGCAAAGAAAGGGCUUUCCUUUGUAUUAGCAUUUGAAUCUGCAAGAGAGAGGAAUGCAGCCAUUAUGCUUGCAAGGAGGUUUGCUUUUGAUUGCAAUGUGUUGAAUGGGUUUUGUAUGAUGGCUACACAAUUGAUGAUUGUUGUAAGAGACAUGUACUGCAAAUUUCAUCGAAAACAAGGCAAGAAAUUUGUCAGCGUUGAGCUCUAUUGUGGCGGUUUCCGUAAUGAAUCCUGGUCAAGCCUUUCAACCAGCACGACAUGGCAGCAGCUCGAGAUGCUGUCCUCUGAAAACAACACUGACCCCAAAGUCGUCAAUGGUAAAAGUGUUCUCCGUCGAGAUUCACUCGUUCUGUGA